GCUAUGCUAAAUGUGAUUAUGCACGUGAGCUCCAUUCCGCAGCCCUUUUAGCGGCUUGGCGUGACGCUAAAGGCAGGUGCGGAAUGCUGCUAUACCUAAAUAAACAUUCAAUUUCCCGUCGUCACUCACUCUUUGCACCUUCACCUUCGGGUGAAGCUCCACUUCAGUGGCAUUGCGUCCAUAUGGCCGUGGAAAUGUUCUAGCAAUGUGAAGUACCACAACCAACAGCAGUUGCUUUGAGUAAACGCACGCGUUUCUCUAAUGCGUUCAAACACCGCCCAUUGACAUCAACGUACUCACAACUGACGUGGUCGUCGUUUGUCGAUGGACCCACGCAGGCGCCCUCCGCCGCCGCCGAGUGCGAAGCGUGGGCCAAGCCGCUCGCCUGAAGGUGCAGCGUUCAGAAAGGUGGGCAAGCCGAAUCCGCCCAAUGGCUCCUCUACGAAAGCAUCCUCAAAUGAUGGUUCGCGACGGUCCUCACUACACGCUGGCAACGGCCCAUCAACAAAGAUGACUCCUCCAAUGACAGAUGACAAUCGAAUCCUAAGUCGAGGUCUCACAAAUAACACCUUCUCUGUCAACUCGUCCGAUAGUAUAGGAAGUAAACGCAGCGUCCACGACGACGCUCAAAGUGGACGUUCAACUCCGUUAAGCGCGAAUGGAAGCUUGCGUACUGCCACAACUCCACAGCCUCCGCCCCCACCGCCCCCGGGAAACCCUACAAAUGACAGCUCAAACCCCGUAGUGAACGUCUUGAUGGACUUCAGCAAGCAAGUGAGCUACAUGGCUCGACUGGACUUAAGCAAGGGACAAGCAGAAGCUGAAGUCAAGCGGGCCAACCUUGAAUACAGCACUAUGCGGAAAUGGUUUCCCAGCUUACCUCAACUUAAGGAGCAAAAGACUGAAGCGAAACGCUCUGCCGAGCAGAAGCUGAAAGACCUGCAAGGAGUUGUAGAUGAGCAGGUUAUAGUCAACCGGCAGCAUGUGGAAGCUAUUGCUGCUAUGAUUGGCCAAUCUGCCGAAGUUGAGCCGGCUAAGUCACGUGUAACACAAAACACGGAGAGUUCAGUCGCCCUGCUUGAAGAAGUCGCACAACUGCGUGCCACUGUUGUUGAGCUGAAGAAGGGCAACGAGGCAAUGCAGCUCUAUUGCACUGACCUGGAUAAACGGUUCCGGCACCGCAGCCAAAACCUUGAUAAUCAAUGCCAGAAUACAAACCUCGCAUGCGAACGUGUGUCUGCGGAUACCGCAGACCUCAAAGCCAAGGUCGCGAGCAUAGAAGGCAGCAUUCCAGAAAUCGAAGGCAAGGUUUCUAUCAUUGCAGAUGCUACCAGUGCGCUGUCGAAAGUGCCGCCUCCAGAUUGUGAGAGCAUGAAGGAGAGUGUCGUCAAAGUAGAGGCAGACCAUGCAGCACUAGCUAAAAACGUUGAGUUCCUGCUGAGGAGGCUUGAGUUUUUCGAGGCAUUCGUCAUCGGCGGGAACAUUGAGCAGCCAAAACAUGUUAUCAACGAGUCUAGUCCUAUUAGAGUGAAGGUCAAUUUCUUACUUGCCGAGAUGAGGAAGAUGAAAAAAGAUGUCGGAGAACUCAGUCAAGCGACACACGAAGACGGCGAGGAACCAAUUGCCAAGCGCGUGAAGGAAUUAGGCGUGCUUGUCAACGAUAUCGCAGCUCGGAUACAGAGCGACCACAAGAUCUCGGUCGAUCAGCGUAUGAACCAGCUAGAAACGAGCGUCGCUGCUCUGCAAACUGAUGCUCAGGCUGUCAGAAGCACUCUCGCAAGUCUGCCCGCUGGCGGCUCGGUUCCAGCCCAGUCAGUAGGAGAUGCUGCACGCUUCAAUGCUUUCGAGAGAAGAAUGGAGGACCAUGUGGCUACUUCCAUCAGGACCGAGAUCGAGCGGCAAAUGGAAGAGAAGGACGAGGCACUCAUUAAACACAUUUGUGAUGGCAUGGACCAGUCGACAGAGGAGUUGCGCGUUGCCACUGAGAAUCGGUUACAGGAGAUUGCUGGUAACAUUCCGAAUAUUGCUGCUGUCAAUGCGUCCUUCACCAACAUCGAUGGGAGGCUGACAACUCUGACCGGGCAACUGACGACUCUGAAGACUAGCGUAGAUAGCCUCGACAUCUCUUUCGCGGAGAAGAUCAAAAAGACGGAUGAGUUAAUCGAUGCUCUGCGGACCAGCUUGCAGGGAAAGGCCGAGAAACAGGCUGUUGCGCGUGUGGAAGAAGUCAUGGAUGAGCUCAAGACUGUCCGCACGGCUGUGGCCAGACUAGAUAAGGCACAUACGCAAACACCUGAUCCACCCAGAAGCUCCGUGCCGCCACCAUCACCCCGCUCUACCGGAAGUGCACUGCAAAACGGCAAUGUCAACGUCUUAUCCUCGAUGCCCAUCGGCACUCACACUCCCAAAACUGCACCGCCGCAGAGCAGUGGUAUCGCGGAUGCACCCGCAUCUCACCCAACGUGCGUUCGGAGGAUGGACCAGCUAGAUAUGAAGUUCACUUACGCCACGAGGCAUCUCCAACAGCAGUACGACAACCUCACAACCGACGAAGUCUGCACGGCCAUGCUGCAUCAACUCGGCGCCGUCUGGCCGCACGCCGCUAAUUUCGCAACAUCCGUGAACGAACUGCGGCGGUCACUCUCGACGUUGUCGGCCAGUAAAGGCAGCACUGACCAACGCAGCAACGCUACGCUGCAGCUGAUCCGACAGCAGCUCGACACAGUAGGGAGAUUGGCCGACGCAGCGAAGAACGAAGCCCGAGAAGCGAAUGGAGCAGUGAAGGUGCUGAGAGAGGAAGGCGAGAGUGCGAUGUUACCGCUCAAGACGAGCUUUAAGGUUCUGGAGGGUAGGGUGCUUGACGUCUGCGCCAAGGUGGCGUCGGUGGAGAAGGAUUUGAAGAUUGGGGGCCAGGCCGGUGGUGGUGGUGGUGGUGCGAUGGCGUUUUAGCAGGGUUCGGAGGAGGGGGAGAUAUGCUGAGGAAAAGAACAGAAGGUGAAUGCCCGUGCUCUGGGUGAGAGUGCGAGAUACUUGGUGUUUUUUGAUCCGCUGGGAAGCUCUGACCUGACCGGGAUGAUGGUCUGGAAGGGAAAACGGGCAUAUGAUGCCAUCGCGGGCAUUGCAUUUGCGUGAAGAGCAUGAGCAUGGACAUGAGCGAUCUUUCACGAGCGAGGCGUUACGGGGUGCAUUUUGAUUGGCG